CAUGGCCAGAAUGCUCUACUGCUGGCUGCCCGUUUUCUGCCAGUUGUCGGGCCUGCAGGCGCUCAGCCUGGACGCCUUGGCCAGGCAGAGCAGCAUCUACUACCAGCGAGUGCAAACGGAGCUGAGCUUGGACCAGGUGGCGCAGCUCUCCACUGUGGAGUCGCUCAAGUUGAUUGUGCACGGGUUUCUAGGCUCUCGCACACACAGCUCCAUCCAGCCGCUGCGCAAUGCCUACCAGGCGCAGGGCUUUGAGCACCUUCUCAUAGCCGAUUGGUCGCCCGCUGCCAACCUGGACUAUCCUAGCUCGCGUAGGGCCGUGGCCAAGGUCGCCGUCGUGCUGGCCCAGCAGCUGGAGCAGUUUCUGGUCCGGCACAAUGUCUCCAGCGAGACAGUGCACAUCAUUGGCCAUAGCCUGGGCGCUCACAUCGCCGGGCGCAUGGGUCGCUACUUCAAUGGCACCGUGGGCCGUGUGACGGGCCUCGAUCCUGCUCUGCCGCUCUUCACGCCGCGCUCCGAGGACAGCCUGAAGGCGAAUGCUGCUCAGUUCGUAGACGUCAUACAUACUGAUUAUCCGCUCUUUGGCGAUCUCACGCCGCGUGGCCAUGCCGAUUUCUAUGUCAACUUUGGCCGCGCCCCACAGCCGGGCUGCGAGGAGGUGGAUCUGCUGGCGGCGAGUAAGCUCCUGCUCGAGGCUUAUAGCUGUAGUCACAAUCGGGCUGUGCUCUUCUAUGCUGAGUCCAUUGGGCUGCCCAAGAAUUUUCCGACUAUUCCCUGCAGCUGGAAGGUGAUCAGAGGCAGCAGCAGCUGCUUGGAUCAUUUGUCAGAGUUUCAUUUGAACAAUGCGUCGCUCGUGGAGGCAAUUGUCAAUAUGGAUGAUGGGCAGGUGGUUUACAUGGGCGAGCAGGUGACGCACAGCGCCACCUCACAUUACUACUUGGAAACGAAUGCAGCGCCACCUUUUGGCCAGGGUGUGAAUGCUAAGUUUGACUAAGGCGGGGCAAGUUAUGCGGAACAACAUAGCUUAGUAGUAAGUGAACUACAGAUGGCGCAGGCAUAGCAGACAGCUUUUGCUUGACUGUGCAUGUUACAGCUGCAAGUGCUAAAAGCUAAUUGCACUAAAAUUUGAGGAGAUUUGAAAGAAUUUGUUAAGAGGUGAGAAGGACGGAAAUGGGGCCUAAGGAAUAUUUAUUACAAUUUUAUAAUUAAUAAUAGAG